UUUUUUUUUUUUUUUUUUUUUGGUUCUUUUUUUCGGAGCUGGGGACUGAACCCAGGGCCUUGCGCUUCCUAGGCAAGUGCUCUACCACUGAGCUAAAUCCCCAACCCCCCAUUCUGAAGUCUUAAUAGGUACAAGAGUCUCAGAGGACUCUUGUGUCCCAUCCUUCUACAACUCUAUAUGAUAAGAACACUGGGGAAAUGUCUGUCUUAGUUAUGAUGCUGUAAUUCUAGCACUAGGGAGACUGAGGCACGGGAAUUAGGAAUUCAGGUCAGCUUAGGAUCAUAGUGAGCGUCUAUAUUGUUUUGCACAGACUAGUCUCUACGUAUAUAUCUGCUGUCUGUUUCUGUCUCUUGCUUACCAUUGUGCCAGCCACCUUUUCAUUUGUUCUUUUGUUCGUUCGUUCGUUUGUUCAUUCAUUCAUUCUGAUUCAUUCAUUCAUGCAUUCUGACUGAAGUUUUUCCUUCCUCCCCUCCUCCCAGCCUCACCUCCCCCCCUCCAUCAAUCCUUCUUUCCUUCUCUUCAGAAAAGGGCAUCAACACAACCAGUUUAUUUAGCAUCUUUGAAGGUGGAUAAAGUGACAUCUGCACUGCCAUCUUCAUGUUUCAUGUAGGAGAAACAAUAUAAACAGUGAAGUGGAGGUGCUUUGUAUCCACAUAGAGGCCUGUACUGACCAGAAGGACUCAGGCUGUUCCUGAGAUAUGACAGCACUGAUUAGACAACUUGAAUUUAAGUGCUGGCUCUGUAACCUUGCCUGGUAUUCUUGAAGGGCAAGGGAUUUUCCUCCUGCGCCUUGGGUUCCUAGUGUAUUGAAUUGGGAUAUCACAGGCUCAUUUCUCAGGGGUUUUGUCUGUUUGUUGUUUGUUGUUUUUGUUUUUGCAAUUAAUCGAGGUGUGAGAAUAGCUUUACUUAAAUUUUUGAAGUAUGUUCAAAUUUUAAGGUUUUUAUCAUGCCUGAAUUAGGUCCAUUCCUAAAAAUUACUUUAAAAACUUCAGGUUCUUAUUAUAUGCCAAGAUAAAUUGGUGCUACCUGUUUCCAAGGACCACUUUUUAUCAGUAUGGAUGGAGCCUGCCUAUGCCUCCCUUUAGGCAUGGGAUCCAGAAUAAUGACAAAUACAGUGCUUGCUUCUGGGAGAGUUCUUUGGAAAGGAACCUUGAACUAGUGAUACUUUGUAGGGAUUCUUUUUUUUUUUUCUUUCUUUUUUUCAGAGCUGGGGACCAAACCCAGGGCCUUGCGCUUGCUAAGCAAGUGCUCUACCGCUGAGCUAAAUCCCCAACCCCUUUGAAGGGAUUCUUACAAAAACAGUUCUGUGGCCAGAAUGGUGGUGAGUCCUUUAAAUAGAAUCAUGGGAAUUUGGGGGAUUUGAAGAACAGUUUAGAUAGGCUCUAACCAAAUCCUCUUUGUUACAGAGAUCCAAACUAGGGACAAUGAUUUCCCCAGAGCCAUAUUGGUAGGAGGUGAUCUGUCCAGAACUUAUCUCUAAGUGCUUUCAACAUUAAAUAUAACAUGUUUUCUGCUAUUGUAGAUUGGAGGAAGAUUCUGGAAGUUAUAGUCAAAUUUCUGUUGAUUUGGUUUCUUUUGCCCCUUUCCCAUAAUUCUGUGUUUAUAAGCAAAUACCGAGGACGAUAUAUUGCCUAUAGGGACACACAGCCAUUUUACUCUCCGUGGCACUGAAGCAGGGCAAACAGGUUCUUAGUUUUGUAAAACGGCCAUCUUGAGGGAGAACUGAGUGGGGACUCUUGGACUUAACUAAUCGGCCCUCUCUGUGUGUUGCUUUUGCCCUUUACUUUUCUCCCCAGGAAGCUUUAGGCUUUCCAACAGUGACUCAUUAGCCAGCCACUGCCCUCUGGAGAGGGAGCUAGAGGUCAGGUGUCUGAAACAGUGCACCUCUCCAGCCAGAUGCUGCUGGGCCUUUCUUUUCAGUUCCCCUUUCUUACCCGAGCUAUCACCAACAUCUCCCUAGUGGGAUGCUUUUCUUCAAUGCUUGUUGCUUCUGAUAAGCUUUCCUAUUUUCUUGUUUGUUCUGAUAAGUUUUGCUAUUUUUUGUUUGUUUGUUUUUUGAGACAACCUCACUAUGUAUCUCUGUGUGGUCUGGAACUCUCCAUAUAGACCGAGAUGGCCUGAACUCACAAAAGAUGCACCUGCCUCUGCCUCCUGUAUGCUAGGAUUAAGGGUUUAUGGCACCAUAUCUCGCUGUGACUACUUUAAAAAAUAAUAUUUUAUGUGUAUGGGUAAUUUUGCCUGCAUAUAUGUGUAUCAUGUAUGUGCCUAGUGCCCAUAGAGACCAGAAGAGGAAUUAAAUUUUCUAGAACUAGAGUAAUACAGUUCUGAGCUGCCAUGUGGGUGCUGGGAACUCAACCUAGGUCCUCCAGAAAAGCAGCCAGUGCUCUUAACCACCAAGCCAUCUCUCUAGUCCUUCAGUUCUUUUUUUUUUUUUUUUUUUUUUUUUUUGGUUCUUUUUUUUUUUUCCGGAGCUGGAGACCGAACCCAGGGCCUUGCGCUUCCUAGGUAAGCGCUCUACCACUGAGCUAAAAACCCAGCCCCCAGUUCUUAUUUUUUUUUCCCCCCCUGGAGCUGGGGACCGAACCCAGGGCCUUGUGCUUCCUAGGCAAGCGCUCUACCACUGAGCUAAAUCCCCAACCCUAUUUUUUAAAGCUAUGUGGUUGUUUUGACUUAAAAAGAUGGUUCUGAGAAGAUAGAUGUAUAGGUUCCUCUGUGCUGUGCUAGUUUCUUUGUCCAAUUAUUCAGUGACUGUCUUCUCUAAAGCAAUAGAGAAUAGUGUUGGGACGGUAGGCUACUUAAAAGACGAGCUUGAGUAGGCAAGCCACCCAACUCCUGAACCUCAUUUUUUUUUUUAAAGACAGGGUUUCUCUGUAUGGAACUUACUCUGUAGGGCAAGCUGGCCUUGAACUCACAGAGAUCCACCUGUCUCUGCCUCCUGAGUUCUGAGAUUAAAGACAUGUGCUACCACCGCCUGGCUAGAAUUCCUGAACUUUAAAACAACCACAUGCAGUGUCUUCUAGUCUUCACUCUGCCCCUUGAUAUCCUGGUGUAGUAAAUGCUGCUGUCACUGUAAUAAGUAGUGCUAAGGCACGAUGCUAAACACUUGUUGUUUUAAUCUGCGUAUUAACUCAGUGAGGUGAACACUAUGGUUAUUUAUCUCUGUUUUAGAGAAAAUGAAUCUGAGAAUUAGAGAGAUUAAAUAACUUGUCUAAGGUCACCUGGCUAGUAAAUGUUAGCACCAACAAUUUGGAUCUAGAGCUCAUUUGUGUCUGACCCUAGAGCCAUUCCUCUACACAAGACAUUCCAUCUAGAAUACAGACCUGGCAGGGUGGAGAGUUUGGGUAAGGGCAAAAGUAUAAUAGGAAAUAGAACUGGAGUCAGGUUAUAGAGGCCUGGAAUAGUAUUUAUUUAUAUUAGAAUCACCCCAGGUCUGGUCUUCCUCAGGGGAAUUAACUCCCUUUUUUCAUUGCUAAGGAUUGCACCAAAAGCCUCCCUCAUACAUGCUAGGUAGUGUUCACCCACUGAGUGUAUCAUAGCCUUUCCCCUGUCAUUUCUUUAAACUGUAACACAAGGAUAAUAUACAUUAAAACUUAUAACAGUGACAUUUUAAACAAGAAUAAUAAAAUGAAUACCAAGUACUGUAGCCUCUUGGCUACAAUGGGAGAUGAAGUAACCAGACCUCUUUGAACAACUGUAUGCUUCUAACUUAGUAUCACUCUCUGCAACUUCUGUUGAAACUUCAGCUGCAUUGUGAAUUCUUCACCACCACCACCACCACUACCACCCCACCCCCACCCCCACCCCCAUGGUUUUGUUGGAGUAAUGAGUGGCUUGUAGAACCACCGGGUAGGAGCCAAGUGAUCUUUCUUGGCUGAGAAGAAAGAGAAGUGAAGAAACUAGCCAAAUUUCCUGGCUAGCCCAUAAGUUAGCUGGCCUAGAACUGUACUGACUUGGCAGGGAAAUUCAGAGGAGAUUUCAAGCCAUCUAUGGCUGUUCAUCUGGAACCUGUUACCUUGUGUUUACAGCAGGGGAAGAUGGAAAGAUACAGUAUCAAUUCUGUCUUCCUUGUGAAGUUUCAGGGCUGACAGUAACUAAUGGGAAUGCAGAGGUUGAAUGGGGAUUUUUUUCACCCCAUACAAUUUUAGGUUGUGCCAGUCUUUAAUUAUUUUUGCCAUUCCUUUUCAUAAAAUGUGAGAGCAUUUGUAUUUGUGGUAGUCCUUUGAAUAUGAGCCUUCCUUUCUGCUAAUAGCAGUUGCUAAGUGCAGACUACAGAGGGAUGGUGAGAGCAGGCUGAGGCCUGGGAGAAGCAAUGCGUCUGCAGUGUUGGGGAUGGAUCUCACUAACACCUCAUUCCCUCUACUCAGCACACUUAGUCAGGGUUUCUAUUCCUGCACAGACAUCAUGACCGAGAAGCAGGUGGGGAGGGAAGGGUUUAUUCAGCUCACACUUCCACGUUGCUGAUGUCAGCAAAGGAAGUCAGGACUGGAACUCAAGCAGGCCAGGAAGCAGGAGCUGAUGUGGAGGCCGUGGAGUGAUAUUACUUACUGGCUUUCUUCCCCUGGCUUGCUCAGCUUGCUGUCUUAUAGAACUCAAGAGCCCCAGCCCAGGGACAGCACCACCCACAAUGGGCUGGGUCCUCCCCCCUUGAUCACUAAUUGAGAAAAUGCCUUACACUUGGAUCUCAUGAAGGCAUUUCUACAGCUGAGGCUCCUUUUUCUGUGUUAAUACUCCAGCUUGACACACAAAACUAGCUAGUACACACAUUCUUUUAGUAGCCAGCGGUUGUGUUUGGAAAGCUUCCAUACAAAUGUAGUUCAGUGGAACAGAUUUAAUGAGCCUUGGUAAGCUAGGAACUAUGGCUGAUCAUAGAGAGGGAACUGGGGUAUGUCCUUAAGGAGUUGUCAUUCUAGAUGAACUUUCAUGCAAAUAUAUAUAAAGUCAUUAGUCAUUUCUUGAUGAUUGUACAUGGUUAUUAUAAGUUUUAAACACUUUAAAAAGCACGUGUGUGUGUGUGUGUGUGUGUGUGUGUGUGUGUGUGUGUGUGUGUGUGUGUGUGUGUGAGAGAGAGAGAGAGAGAGAGAGAGAGAACAGCUGUUGGGAGUAAGUUCUCUUCUACCAUGUGGAUCCCAGGUCUUCAGCCCAGAUCAGGCACACCUGCUGAGCCAUCUUCUCUUUUUGUACAUGGUUAUUAAAAAUAAAUCCAGCCAAAAAAAAAUACAGUGUAGGAAGUCCCCAAGUGAUUGUCCUCAAUAAUCUACUACUGUUAACGGUUUAAUAUCGGAGGGAUUGAGAUUUGAAGUGUUCCCUGUAAAGUAAAAUCUGAGAGAGGAACUGGUGGGGAUAAGGCAGUAGGUACCAUCCCCUGUUCCAGGAGGAACACCUCCAACUUCUUUAGCAGUGUUGAACCAUCUUCUGCUGGAACACUGGUGACAGAAACCAACCUUUGUGAAACAUCCACUAGCACCUUCUGUGCUGGAAGCCAGUGUGUUGGGCACCUGGCAAAUGCUACUGAGUUAAUACUUGUUCUGCUUUCACCCAGGAAUUUGAGGAAUACUUGCCAGUGUCACGUAGUUAGUUGCGAGUGAUUUAUAAUGUGUGUAUAAGAUAGUCACUCUGUGACUUGGUUUCCUCGUGUGUAAAGUUGAGUGGUAGGACUGGAGAGAUGGCUCAGUGGUUAAGAGUGCUGACUGCUCUUCCAGAGGUCCUGAGUUCAAUUCCUAGCAACCACAUGGGGGUUCACAACCAUCUGUAAUGGGAUCCUAUGCCCUCUUCUGGUGUGUCUGUUAUUUUGUCUUUUUUUCCCCCCGGAGCUGAGGACCGAACCCAGGGCCUUGCGCUUGCUAGGCAAGCGCUCCACCACUGAGCUAAAUCCCCAACCCCACUUCUGGUGUGUCUGAAGACAGCUACAGUAUAUUCACAUAAAUAAUAAAUUUUUAAAAAAGCCAACUUAAAGUUGAGUGGUAAUUUACCGUAAAGAGGUGUUGAAGCCUAAUGAAAUGAUGCACAGUAGGUCCGUAGCAUGGUUUGAAGUAGGUUAGUAGGUUCUUUAAGCAUUGGCUACUGUCUGUUAUAUCCUGUUACUUCUUCAGACCCUCAUCUCCUCGUCACAUUUGAAUCACGUAUGCUUUCUUCUCUGACAGUUCCUCCUAGUUUUGUUUGAGAUAUGGUGCUACUUUGCCUUGGCUGACCUGGAACUCUAGUAGUAGACCAGACUGGCCUUCUGCCCCAGCCUACUGACUUCUAGGACCAUAAGCACACAGCACCAUGAUGGGUUUAAGUCUCCAGCUUUUUGUCAGCUUUUUUCUCCUCAAUGCUUAGCCUUCCUUUUUUAACUGUUCUCUUUUACUCUACCUUCUGUGUCCUCAGCACCUUUCCUACCUAUGUGGUAGCCUCAUAACUCACGUUGCUGCUAGAGAGCCAUUUAUCAGGUUAAUCUGGUUCAUACCACAACUCUCUGUUAAAACCAUCCUAAACCCUUUAUUUGAUUCCUUGACGUUCAAGAUUUUCUGAUUUUGACCGCAGUUCACCCUUGGCACCUAUUCUUUCCCUGCCACCACACCUUGCUGCUUUCUUCUCCCUUUCCUCAGAAGCAUUUGAUUUUGUGCUUGGAGAUCCCGAUUAAAAUAUCACUUCGCUUUCCUAAUCCUUCCCUCAUCUAAACUGUUUAGUUUCUUCUUUUAUAUGAGUUAAUAUGUGCCAUCUUGGAAUAAAAACUUGUAGUCCAUUUCUGAUCUGUGGGAAUAUAACCCUAACUCAGAUGUUGGGUAUAAUUCUUAACAAUGUUUAAUAGCAACAUGUUGCGCAUAGUUCAUUAAAUGUUUCUAAGUGUAAAGUGAGGGGUUUCCUUUUAACUAUCCCAGCAGGUGUCCAGUAGGGUGGCUGUCUGUGGGUGGCAACGCUGUCUUGGUCUUGUCUGAGUCUGAUAUUAUUUCUUUUAGUCAUGUAGUUGCAGCAGACUCAGGAUGAUUAGUCCCAGUGCCUGAGUCUGUUGAGGGCUCCAGCCAGUGCCUGCCAUAUUCAGAACUGCCUUGGCCCCUCGGCCCCUCCCCACAAAUGCCCGGAGGAACAGCGGAUUAGGUUCUAGCAGCACAGCUGGGAUUUUGGCGGCCAUUCCAGUCAACAAUAGCGCAGCUAUCCGGACAGGACAGCGAGGCCUGCGCUCCGCGGCUAGAAACUGCCUAGGCUGUUUGUUUAGAAGGCUGAGUGGGAGGAGCAGGCACACAGCAUGACAUCUUGGCCUUACUACGCAGAAGGUACGGGCUGAAGAGAUUUCCCGCAGAGAACGGGCUAGGGUGGCCAGGUCCUAGGGCAGACAGCGAGGUUGAAGGCGGCCUGCGCUUUGUGUGGUGGAGAGCUGGCGGGCGGCGUUGUGUGUGCCUGCAGACACGCCCCCCCUCGCAGGCGCCGCAGGAAGCUGCCCCUGUAAAAGGCCUGCGUUGUGCGGCUCCCCUGCGCUCGGCUUCCAGGCUUCUUCUGUGCCGGGCGCGGUUCCCGCCAGGGGCUGCCUGUAGGUUCGGCGGCUCUGGGCCUGCCGGAUAGGGCUGGUCUCUGGUGGACAGGCCAUCACUGCUGCUGCCUUAAGCCCUGCUGGAAAGCAGCGAAGGGGGAGUGUCCUGGCCAUCUCAGGUUGGUGAGGCCGAUCGCGGCGGGUGCGCUUUUGUGUGUUUACACCACAGCCUCCAGCCCUUGCUGCGUGUGCGCUCCCUUCAGCUAUGGAGCCUGCCAGCUUGAGCUCCAACCCCCCGCCCCCACACGUCCUGCUCAGUUUUUAGGGCAUGGGCAGGCUUCGCCUGGGUCCUCCUGGUAGGCGUUCCCCCUCCCCCAGAGCUCUUGGCUUCGCGCUGUUGCUCCAGACCGCGCGGAAGCUCGCUGUGCCUUUAAAGAAAGCAGACUCCUGGCUGUGACGCAUUUCUGGCUGUCAGCCAGGAAGAUUGCUUCUGCCUGGCGGACUGAGAAGAAACCCAACAACUUUUCUUUUGUGUGGGGUUACUUUCCAUUGACCCCCCCUUACUCCUGUCCUUUCAAGAUUUAAAUGCUAAUGGCGGAUUAAAACCUGUAGAUACGUUUGGCUUUAGGAGUCCGGUGGGUUGGAGUGACUGGCUGGAAUCACAAAGAUGACACUCCAUGCCACCCGCGCAUCUACUCUCCUCUCUUGGGUGAACAGUCUGCAUGUUGCUGACCCAGUGGAGACAGUGCUGCAGCUCCAGGACUGCAGCAUCUUCAUCAAGAUUAUUAACAGCAUCCAUGACACUAAAGAGGGGCAACAAAUCCUACAGCAGCCACUGCCGGAAAGACUAGACUUUGUUUGCAGUUUUCUACAGAAAAAUCGGAAGCAUCCUUCAUCUACACAAUGCCUGGUAUCUGUGCAGAAAGUGAUGGAGGGCUCCGAGAUGGAACUGGCCAAGAUGGUAAUGCUAUUUUUAUAUCACUCCACCAUGAGCUCCAGAAACCCCCGGGACUGGGAGCAGUUUGAAUAUGGGGUUCAGGCUGAGUUGGCUGUCAUCCUGAAGUUUAUGCUGGAUCACGAGGAUUCACCUAACCUUACUGAGGACUUGGAGAAUUUCUUGGAGAAAGUUCCUUCCACCUACCCCAGCACCCUCUCUGAAGAGCUUUCUCCACCCAGCCACCAGGCCAAGAGGAAGAUUCGCUUCCUAGAAAUACAGAGGAUUGCUUCAUCUUCCAGUGAGAACAACUUCCUCUCAGGGUCUCCAUCCUCCCCUGUGGGCGACAUCCUGCAGACCCCACAGUUCCAGAUGAGGCGACUGAAGAAGCAGCUGGCAGAUGAGAGGAACAACAGGGAUGAGCUGGAGCUAGAGCUGUCUGAGAGCCUCAAGCUCCUCACCGAGAAGGACGCUCAGAUCGCCAUGAUGCAGCAGCGCAUCGACCACCUGGCUCUGCUGAAUGAGAAGCAGGCAGCCAGCCCCCAGGAGCCCAGCGAACUUGAGGAGCUCCGUGGCAAGAAUGAAAGCCUCACUGUGCGUCUGCAUGAGACUUUGAAGCAGUGUCAGAACCUGAAGACCGAGAAGAACCAGAUGGAUCGAAAGAUUAGCCAGCUUUCUGAGGAGAACGGGGACCUUUCCUUUAAGGUGCGAGAGUUUGCAAACCACUUGCAACAACUGCAGGGUGCGUUCAACGACCUGAUAGAGGAGCACAGCAAGGCUUCUCAGGAGUGGGCAGAGAAGCAGGCUCAUCUGGAAAGUGAGCUCAGCACAGCCCUCCAGGAUAAGAAAUGUCUGGAAGAGAAGAGUGAGAUCCUUCAGGAGAAGAUUUCCCAGCUGGAGGAUCGAGCAGCUCAGCUGCAGGGGAGCCCUGCCCCGGAGAAGGGUGAGGUGCUGGGUGACGCCUUGCAGCUGGAUACCCUGAAACAAGAGGCAGCCAAACUUGCCACAGAUAACACAGAGCUCCAAGCCCGCGUAGAGACUCUGGAGUGUGAGCGUGGUAAACAGGAAGCCCAGCUGCUUGCUGAGCGGGGCCACUUUGAAGAAGAGAAGCGGCAGCUGGCCAGCUUGGUUGCUGACCUGCAGAGCUCCGUCUCUAACCUCAGCCAGGCCAAAGAGGAGCUGCAGCAAGCCUCCCAGGCUCAGGGGGCUCAGCUCACUGCCCAGCUGGCCUCUCUGACAGCACUGAAUGCCACCCUGCAGCAGCAAGAUCAAGAGCUGACCAGCCUGAAAGAACAGGCCAAAAAGGAACAGGCUCAGAUGUUACAGACCUUGCAAGAGCAAGAACAGGCUGCCCAGGGCCUCCGCCAGCAGGUGGAGCAGCUGAGCAGCAGCCUGAAGCUGAAGGAGCAGCAAUUGGAAGAGGCAGCCAAGGAGCAGGAGGCAGCCAGGCAGGAUCACGCCCAGCAACUGGCCACCAUUGUUGAGGCUCGAGAGGCCUCUGUAAGGGAGCGAGAUGCUGCUCGCCAGCAGCUAGAAACAUUGGAGAAGGAGAAGGAUGCCAAGCUGGAGAGCCUGCAGCAGCAACUUCAGGCUUCUAAUGAAGCCAGGGACACUGCGCAGACCUCGGUCACACAGGCCCAGCGGGAAAAGGCAGAGCUGAGCCAAAAGAUAGGAGAACUCCAUGCCUGCAUUGAAGCUGCCCACCAGGAACAGCGUCAGGCCCAAGCUCACGUGACAGAGCUAGAGGCCCAGCUGAAGGCUGAGCAGCAAAAAGCAACUGAGAGAGAAAAGGUGGUGCAGGAGAAGGUCCAGCUCCAGGAGCAGCUCCAGGCCCUUGAGGAGACUUUGAAGAUUGUCAGAGGUAGCCUUGAAGAAGAGAAAUGCAGGGCUGCAGAUGCCCUGAAGGAGCAGCAGCGCCACGCCACUGAGAUGGAGGCAGAGACUCGACACCUGAUGGAGCAGCGGGAGCAGGAGCAGAAGGAGUUAGAGCAGGAGAAGGCUGAGCGAAAGGGGCUGGAGGCCCGGCUACAGCAGCUUGAAGAGGCUCAUCAGGCCGAGACUGAAGCCUUGCGACAUGAGCUAGCAGGGGCCACAGCUGCUCAGCACGGAGCUGAGAGUGAGCGUGAGCAGCUCCUCAGGGAGGUUGAGAGCUGGCAGAAGCGGGUUGAAGCCAGACAGCAAGAGGAGGCAAGGUAUGGUGCCAUGUUCCAGGAACAGCUGAUGGCCUUGAAAGGGGAGCAUGGAAAGAUUGGCCAAGAAGAACAGAAGGAGGCAGGAGAGAUCCACGGUGAAGGCCAGACAGGCCAGCAGCAGAGUCAGCUAGCUCAGCUUCAUGCCUGUUUGGCAAAAGCCCUUCAGCAGGUCCAGGAGAAAGAAGCGAGAGCACAGAAGCUGCUAGAUGAUCUCUCGGCUCUGCGGGAGAAGAUGGCUGCCACUAACAAGGAGGUGGCCUGCCUGAAGGCCUUGGUGCUCAAGGCAGGUGAGCAGCAGGCAGCAGCCUCACAUGAGCUCAAAGAGCCCCCGAGGGCUGGGAACCAAGAGUCUGACUGGGAGGAAGAGCAGGCAAGGCCGUUGGGUAGUACACAGGCAGCACUGAAGGCUGUGCAGCGUGAAGCUGAGCAAAUGGGCGGAGAGCUGGAGAGACUGCGGGCAGCACUGAUGCAGAGCCAGGGGCAGCAGCAAGAGGUUCGUGGGCAGCAGGAGAGGGAGGUAGCACGGCUGACCCAGGAGCGGGGCCAGGCCCAAGCUGACCUGGCUCAGGAGAAGGCAGCCAAGGCAGAACUUGAGAUGCGGCUGCAGAACACCCUCAAUGAGCAGCGUGUGGAGUUUGCUGCCUUACAAGAAGCACUGACCCAUGCCAUGACAGAAAAGGAAGGGAAAGACCAAGAGCUUGCCAAACUUCGUGAGCAAGAGGCAGCUCAGAUAUCAGAGCUGAAGGCGCUUCAGCAGACUUUGGAAGAGCUGAAGAAGAAAGAGAAAGAGCACCCCACAGGGGGUGCCAGGGGAGAAGACGCUUCAGGAGAUGGCCCAGGAUCCCAGCUGCACACACCUGGGAAGACAGAGGCACCAGGCCCUGAGGUGGAGGCUCUUCGGGCAGAGAUCAGUAAGCUAGAGCGGCAGUGGCAGCAGCAGCAGCAACAGGUUGAAGGCCUGACACACAGCCUGGAGUCCGAGCGUGCUUGCCGGGCUGAGCAAGACAAAGCCCUGGAGACACUGCAGGGCCAGUUAGAGGAGAAGGCUCGAGAGCUGGGGCAUAAUCAGGCUGCCUCAGCCUCAGCUCAAAGAGAGUUGCAAGCCCUCCGUGCCAAAGCCCAGGACCACAGCAAAGCUGAGGAAGAGUGGAAGGCCCAGGUAGCCCGUGGCCAGCAGGAAGCUGAGAGAAAGAGCAGUCUUAUCAGCAGCUUGGAAGAGGAGGUAUCCAUCCUGAAUCGCCAAGUCCUAGAGAAGGAGGGAGAAAGCAAGGAGUUGAAGCGCCUGGUUGUAGCUGAGUCAGAGAAGAGCCAGAAGCUGGAAGAGCGGCUGCGCCUGCUUCAGGUAGAAACAGCCAGCAGCAGUGCCAGGGCAGCAGAACGCAGCUCAGCUCUACGGGAGGAGGUACAGAGCCUCCGAGAAGAGGUAGAGAAGCAGCGUGUAGUUUCUGAGAACUUGAGGCAGGAGCUGGCCUCACAAGCGGAGCGAGCUGAGGAAUCGGGUCAAGAAUUGAAGGCCUGGCAGGAGAAGUUUUUCCAGAAGGAGCAAGCGCUCUCUGCCCUGCAGCUGGAGCACACCAGCACACAGGCCCUGGUGAGUGAGCUGCUGCCUGCCAAGCACCUUUGUCAGCAGCUGCAAGCUGAGCAGGCAGCUGCCGAGAAGCGCUUCCGGGAGGAGAUAGAGCAGAGCAAGCAGGCAGCUGGCGGGCUGCAGGCAGAGCUAAUGCGGGCUCAACGGGAGCUUGGAGAGCUAGGAUCUUUGCGGCAGAAGAUUGUUGAGCAGGAGCGAGCAGCCCAGCAGCUGCGGGCAGAAAAGGCCAGCUAUGCAGAGCAGUUGAGCAUGCUGAAGAAGGCCCAUGGCCUGCUGGCCGAGGAGAACCGGGGGCUGGGAGAACGGGCCAACCUGGGCCGGCAGUUUCUAGAAGUAGAGCUCGAUCAAGCCCGGGAGAAGUAUGUCCAGGAGCUGGCCGCUGUGCGCACUGAUGCCGAGACCCACCUGGCUGAAAUGCGGCAAGAAGCUCAGAGCACUAGCCGGGAGCUGGAGGUGAUGACCGCCAAGUACGAAAGUGCCAAGGUGAAGGUCCUAGAGGAGAGGCAGAGGUUCCAAGAAGAGAGGCAGAAACUCACUGCCCAGGUGGAGCAACUAGAGGUAUUUCACAGAGAGCAGACUAAGCAGGUGGAAGAACUGAAUAAGAAGCUGACAGAGAGUGAACAAGCCAGCAGGGUGCAGCAGCAGAAGCUGAAGGCUUUCCAGGCCCAGGGAGGUGAAAGCCAGCAGGAGGUCCAGUGCCUCCAGACGCAGCUGAGUGAGCUGCAAGCCCAGCUGAGCCAGAAGGAGCAGGCAGCUGAGCACUACAAGCUACAGAUGGAGAAAGCCAAGACCCAUUACGAUGCCAAGAAGCAGCAGAACCAAGAGCUGCGGGAACAGCUUCAAGACCUGGAGCAGCUGCAGAAGGACAACAAGGAGCUGCGGUCUGAGACUGAACGUCUGGGCCGUGAGCUGCAGCAGGCAGGGCUGAAGACCAAGGAAGCUGAACAGGCUUGCCGGCACCUCACAGCCCAGGUGCGCAGCCUGGAGGCCCAGGCUUCUUUUUAUUUUACUUCUAAGGUUGCCCACGCAGACCAGCAGCUUCGAGACCUGGGCAAAUUCCAGGUGGCAACUGAUGCCUUAAAGAGCCGUGAGCCUCAAGUGAAACCCCAGCUGGACCUAAGUAUUGACAGCCUGGAUCUGAGCUUGGAGGAGGGAACCCCGUGCAGUGUCGCUAGCAAGCUGCCUCGUACCCAGCCAGAUGGUACCAGUGUCCCAGGAGAGCCAGCCUCACCCAUCUCCCAGCGCUUGCCCCCCAAAGUGGAAUCCCUGGAGAGUCUCUACUUCACCCCCAUUCCUGCUCGGGGUCAGGCCCCCUUGGAGACCAGCCUGGACUCUCUGGGGGAUGCCUUCCCUGACUCCGGCCGUAAGACCCGCUCUGCUCGCCGGCGUACCACACAGAUCAUCAACAUUACCAUGACCAAGAAACUAGAACUGGAGGAGCCGGACAGCGCCAACUCGUCCUUCUACAGUACGCAGUCUGCCCCUGCUUCCCAGGCCAACUUGCGAGCCACUUCCUCCACUCAGUCUCUGGCCCGCUUGGGCUCUCCUGAUGACAGCAACUCCGCGCUGCUCAGCCUGCCUGGCUACCGGCCUACCACCCGAAGCUCUGCUCGGCGCUCCCAGACCAGGACAUCCAGUGGGGCCCCCCACGGAAGGAAUAGCUUCUACAUGGGGACUUGCCAGGACGAGCCCGAGCAGGUGGAUGACUGGAACCGCAUCGCGGAGUUGCAGCAGCGCAACAGAGUAUGCCCUCCGCACCUGAAGACCUGCUACCCUCUGGAGUCCAGGCCUGCCCUGAGCCUGGCCACCAUCACUGACGAGGAGAUGAAAACCGGAGACCCCCGGGAAACCUUGCGCAGAGCCAGCAUGCAGCCAGCUCAGAUCGCUGAGGGCGCUGGCAUCACUACCAGGCAGCAGCGUAAACGGGUUUCCUCGGAGACCCACCAGGGCCCCGGUACUCCUGAGUCCAAGAAAGCUACGAGCUGCUUUCCACGCCCCAUGACUCCCAGGGACCGGCAUGAAGGACGGAAGCAGAACAGCACUGCUGAUGCCCAGAAGAAAGCAGCUCCAGUUCUCAAGCAGUCGGACCGGCGUCAGUCAAUGGCUUUCAGCAUCCUUAACACACCCAAGAAGCUGGGAAAUAGCCUUCUACGGCGAGGAACUUCAAAGAAGACCCCAGCAAAGGUUUCCCCCAAUCCUCGCAGUGGAACCCGCCGCUCUCCACGCAUCGCCACCACCACGGCUGGUGCUGCUACUGCUGCCACCACUCCUCGGGCCAAGGGCAAGGCAAAGCAUUAAAGAGUCGAUACCAGUGCGUGGCCCCACCUGCGUUGUCAGCACUGACCUUGCCUGGUCCUUUUCCUUCUACUGUCCCUCAGUGCCUUCUCUCAGCUCCCAGGCCAAUGGCGGCCAGCCCUCCCAGAGACUUCGAUGUUUGCCUGCACCCUGGCCUGGUACCUGGACUUUCACUGGUGCCUUCUAGGCAUCUUUCAGAGCUGGCCCAGGAGGCUUGGAGCUUGGACAGUGUGCGGUCUUCUCCCUAUAUUGCCUCCUGAUCUUUUUUUUUUCCUUGUUUUGGAAAAAAGUCUACUUUUCCAUCAUAACUAGAUUUGAGGCUGGAUUCUUGAGCCCAGUCUUCCUUAGUCUCUGGACCUAGAAGGGACCAUUGGAGAAGCAGGCUCUACUUUCCUGCUGUUCUGGUGGCUGGGCCUAGCAGGGGUCUUUGCUCUUGAAGCCCAGGAUUGGGCAUGACCUGGUAGAAGCCUCUGCUCUACCUGCUUCCAUAUUCAGCUGCCUGGAGGAUGCUUUUCCCAGGACAGAUAGGUCCUGGGUCUCAGGGGUGGGAGGGGGGCAGCCUUCAAUGGCAGCUCAUACUUCAGCUCCCCAGACUUGCACUGGGGGGAUAUGGAACGAUGGGAAGGUUUUUAAGGGCCGGGAAUGGAUCUUUUCUAAAUGUUAUUACUUGUAAAUAAAGUCUAUUUUUCUCCCUUGA